AUGUUUGAACCACUCGCACCGUUGGAGCCGUUGAUCCUCCCAGACUCCGACCCAGACGAUACCGACGCAGAUGUACUUCUCCCAGUACAGCCUCGUUUCUUCGUUCCACGACUCCGCGAACAACCGCAGGACCCAAUUCUCAACACGCUGAAAUCAAAGCAUGAAAGCGCUCUUAGGCCUUCAAUUUACUCUGAUGUCCAACCCGUCCUACCUCCGGAGCUCGUCGCGCUUGCUGAAUCGUGGAUCGACGAGAAGGAUCGCCCCUCUGAGGUUCUUUGGACCAGUGCUAUGUUCUCUGACCGAGAGCUGACGAGCAAAAUCAAAUCCUGGGAUGCGCUUCGCUCGACUUUUGACCAUCGGUCUUCCCCUGGACCCUUCCUCUCCGAACAGAGUAAUCAUCUGUUUUCGAGCGCCAGAUACCAUGUAGAUCCUCGCCUUCAUGAUCCGAACGUUGAGACUGUUCACGCAAGCACGAGUGACGUUCUCGAAACUAUCAAGAUUUUACUUCUUGGGAAUUCAUCGUUGUUAUACACGUGGAACCCUGUCUCUGAAACCUUUGACCUUUCGCAUACCGACACAGGCAAGACUGGGAGACUGGUUCUAGAUGGACGGGAUGAAGUAAUCACGCAAAGUUUCAUACAGCGGUUCAUCAACAUCGGAACCCACCUGCGCAGACUUGAGAUAUUCUGCGAAAAUCUUCGUGAGGGUUGUUCCCGCGCAGGGCCGACCAUAAACGCUUAUACACAUUCAUUGUCAUCCUGUGUGGAUUAUCUCCGAAAAUCUCUGGCUGAGUUCUCUACAAAAGGUGAAAUAACGGUCGUCGAGUUCAUGCACAGACCGUCGGCGACUUGGAUGCACCACGCAGAAGUCGAAAUCAUUCUUUCCGGGAUGGCAUCGCUCUGCCAUCGUGACAUAUCCCUCGCACCGGACAUGUAUCCUUCGUCGUCGCAAUCCUCCGAUGAGGUCCUUUCCGACGUAUAUAACCACCUCAUGUCGCACAUAGAGCGAGACUCACCCCGCACUCUGAUAGCCAUGCUGGCAUAUAUUCUCACCACAACGUCGGAUCACUACCUUCUCUCACUCGGGGAAUCCGUAGGCUACACCCGCAAGAUCUCUUCAUCUCCCAAGAUACGCCACACUCGAUUGACUGGAGGACUCGAUGCCUUUAAUGAGGAAGACAACGAUGUAGCUCAACCAAAUGACGUGGACAAGGAAACUUCAUUCCCAACCUUAUUCCCAACCUUCAUCACUAAGGAGGUAGAGAGCACCUUGGUCCUGGCGAAGAAAAGCUUGGCGUUGCUGAAAGCAGCACAACCUGAUCAUCCGCUGCUGAAGCGCGAUAUCUUGGAGGUGGAGGCAGUCAGGUGGUUCUGGACUGCAGAUGAGGUGGAGGCAGCAUGGACAGGUGUUCCUCGGUCUUCGGUUGGCCCUCAAGUGCACGUGGACUCAGAGGAGCCCUCAAUACAUUCCGAGGCGGAGACCCUUGAACCACUAAAUGCGCCGCUCGAUCUCAUGUCACAAUUCGCGGUGUUCUCCUUCGAACCUGGAGCCCACUUGCCUGUCCCAUCAGAGGGAAAGGAUGCCGACAAGACAUCACAGCCCGCCUCUCUUCAAAGCUUUCUCCAGUCUUUCCCCUCUCCACCUCAUCUACCUUCUCUCACCCCGACACUACCACACCUAACAUCCUUGGUCUUAUCUCCCCUCCUGCAGCAUUGCACUGCGCUUUCACGUUCCCUCCUCUCACUGUUUCUCGACCCUUCCUCACAUCUCAACCUCCAUUCUCAUCUUACCCUUCUUCGAUCAUUUAUUCUCCUCACAUCCACCGCAUUCAAGAAUCGACUCAAAGCGGCACUAUUCUCCGACUCUGACGACUGGAAAUUCGAAGGCAGCGAGGCUCGAGCUAUUGCGAAGGAUGCAGUCGCAAAGAAGCGAGAACGCAAGCGGUCAAGAAAACGUACGCAGAGUGGUGCUACAAGUCGUGCAUCUUCCGUUCAUUCCGAACCAGCGGAUGGAGAAACGAGCGAAGGGCCUGGAGAAUCAGUAUGGGCUGUCGGAUUGGGCCUUGGCCUGAGGGAGCGGAAUUCUUGGCCUCCCGGUGGCUCGGACUUGAGUUUCUACCUUCGGACAGUUAUUGUAGACUCACUGGAGUCUCACGCGCCACAUCGGCUCGAUCUUGAUUUGGAGGAAGGACGGAAUGUGGCGCCAGCGGCCGAGGCUGAGGCUGGGAUAUGGGCUGAGGCGGAAACGACGCUGGGAUUUGCGAUCAGAGACUUACCAGCCGGAACUGGUAGGGAGAGAUGGUUGAAUCCGUGUUCUAUUGAGUCUUUGGAUUUCCUAUAUGUCGAUUACAAACCGCCCCAUCCACUAGAUGUUAUCAUUACGGGAGACGCACUCUCGAAGUACCAACGCAUGUUUUCUUUCAUCCUUCGAUUACUCAGAGUUCAAAGUGCUCUGAAUGCGUUGUUCCGCUUGGUUCGAGACACCGCCGAUCCUCUCUUUCCAACGCUCUCCGGGUCAACGCAACUCCUGCUCAACCUUCGCUUCAUAUCUCAUUCCUUCGUCGACGCUCUCAGCACCUAUGUUUUUGACACUGCCAUUCGCUCUAGCUUCGACUCUUUCCUUGCUCGACUUCGAGCUGCAAGCCCUGACUCGUCUGGACGUAGUCAUGCAAAGGAAUUCACGGAUAUCUUCGCACUCAGCGAUAUGCACUCCACGACACUCGAUUCCAUACUAUCAGCAUGUCUCCUUCGUACGUCCCAGCGUGCUGCCGGAGAUCUCUUGCGCACAUGCCUCGAGAGCAUCCUUGAGCUGUGCAUCUUGGCGGGCGAGAUCAAGAGGCGCAGAAUCAAGGAGUAUAAUGCAAGCAUAGAGCUCGAGGAACUCGGAAAGGUUCUCAGAGAGAGGAUUAGGACUUUUGUUAUGGUGCUCAAAACGCUCGUCGACAAAGGCACUUCGAAGUCGAACAUUCCUCUCGAGUUCCUACAUCUCCAGCAACAACAGCAGAUGAAGGCUUCUUCGACAUCGGCGUCUGGGAGCGGUACUCCACAUUUGGCACUGGACACGACAGCGAGUCUGUACCAUCUUCUCGUCAAGUUAGAUGCUACAGGAUGGUGGAGAAAGGCUGCUGAGGGUCGCGAUUGA